GAUAGUUGCCGUGGUUACAAAUUUUGUCAACCUACUGCACAGAGAGGGAAAGCACAAGGUAAGGAAGAGUUCAGAGGGUAAAUGUUAAUCUUACAUGCAUGUUGCGGGCAUAAUACAUCUGGUAGCGGUAGUGUGCAUUGUUAUAUGUUAUCCAACUUCACAGUUUUUUCUUCAACAAUAUUUCUGUCUUGUAAACAUAUUUCUGACGUCGAUGUAGUUAGCUUGUUAGCUAACCGACCAGGUAGCACAGCAGUGGUUGGUUCAUGACCUAACAAGUAGCUCAUGUCAGAGCCGGCCCAAGCUUCAAUGGGGCCCUAAGCAAAAUUUGAUUUUGGGGCCCUCUAUUUCUGCCAAUAAUAUCGAUUGAUGAUCAUUCACACACCUUCAUAAAUCUCUUUGAUUAAGAUUUCAUGACGUGCAAACAUACUUUUAUCUCUGCGUUUUUUCUCUUCUUUCUCUUUCUUCCUCUUUCCUUUCUCUGCUCCUGAAGGAUAUGUCCUUUUCUGCAACAUUGUUUUGCCCACUGUAUAUAGAAUGGACAGAGUCUGCCUCCUUGCUGGGUGAAGCCACUCCGAGAACAGCACCCUCUGGUGAUGGGCUGCAGUUUACCUCCUCCAGCGAUCCCUAUGGAGCUUCGGACAAAUUUUAUAAAUUAAUUACACCAAAUAUAAAUGUUUCUCCCCCCUGGUUGUGGUGUUAACAUGUAGUUACAGUAAGACUGGUUUGUGCUCAAGUCCUCAUUUUUAUGUGAAGCUCCGUUUUUAAAAGUUAUUAGGAGGUUAAUGUUUUCUAUGAUUGACAUUUGAUACAGCCUAUGAGCGUACGAAGAUUGCGUAGCUCCCCCGGGGGAUACAUCACAGUGACUCUCGGCGACUCUCCCACCGAAUGUGUACUACACUACUGUGCAAUGUUGGUUUCAGGAAGUGCAGAAAAAACACGGCAAUACCGAGAGCUUUACAGUCUGUGGUUUUAACCCACAACUACCUGCGCUUUGGAUGCUCAGUGAACAUCGCACAACAGAAGGCACAUAACGGAGCUUUGACACAUCAUUUACUUUAUUUUAUUUUUACAAUAAUCUAUAUUUGAUCAUACAAAAAAGCAUCACUCAUACAUGCAAAAAAUAAAAAAUAUUUAGAUUAUUAUUAUUUUUUUGAUUGCCCUUGGGGGCCCCCUAUCGGCUGCGAGGCCUAAGCAGGUGCUUAGUUCGCUUAUGCCUUGGGCCGGCUCUGGCUUAUGUAAAGUGUUUAUCACCACAUUUUUUUGACAAAGUAUUGUUGAAUUUUUUGAAAAUCAAGACAGAGUGAAUUUCUUUCAAAUAUUAGCAACCAUUAAAUCGUAAAGCAGCUGUGAGAAAGAAAAUCAAAUGACCAAAAAAGGUUUUUUGAUUAUGUUUUUGUCCUAUCAGUAAACUGGCCAGCUCUAAAUUGUGUAUUUAAAGGUACGUGUCUUUGUAAAGGGAAGUCAGACAAAAGUAAAUCAAUGACUCAUGUUAUGCUGCCACUCUGUCCAGAAACCUAGUAUUUUCCUGUCACUAGUUUUUCAUUAAAAAAAAAAAAAAAACAUUGUGUUCUGUCCUAUAAGAAGAAGCUCUUUUGUCCGCUAAAAGUGGGCAAAAAUGGCAAUUAUCUUCACUGAAUCCAAAAAACAGCAUAUUAAUUUCGAUCACAGUUUAAAUCAGUUCCUCCACACUUCACACUAAUCCAUUACAUCCACCAUAAAGCUUAACUGACACUGUCUGUGUGGCCAUUUUUUUUAAGUUAAAUUUUAAAAAAUGAAAAAAAAUUGUCCCUGGGGAAUAUUUCUGCGUCUCCAUAUGCCCCCUUUGAGUUCACAGUCUUGCAAGAUCUUACUGAUUUACUCGUAUUACUUUUGCUCAUAUUCCUCUUUUUGUCAUUUGAGAUACCGCUCAAAAAACAGGCAGAUGUGCAGUUGAAUAGUUAUUUUUCAUCAUGUGUUGACAAAAAUCUUAGAAAUGUCUUGUAUAAUGAUACAUGUCUUACUUGCAGGCAAGCAAAUCUAACUCUGGUAAUGAGUGGGAAGGAUCUGCAUACAUUUGUUACAAGCUACAGAGCAAAGGAUGUGGGUAAGUCAGCACAAACCGGGUCUGAAAUAUUGCUGACUUGUGACAUAGUGGCCCAUUGAUCUACUGAAUAGAUCUGACCUGAAGUCUUCAUGUUGAAUUCCCCAGGUACUGCCAACUCUUUUGAUGCUUUUGUCAGAGGCAGCGUUGCUUGUGUUUAUUCACCUGCCCCUUGAGUCACAGCUGAACUCUUAAAAACUGCCUAACAGUUAGUUUGCACUCACCACCCCCUCCACCCCUCCACUGCAGUUAUUUCUGAAUUACCCAUGAAAUCCAUUAGCUCUCAGCUGGUGUUGUCUUUACUUCUAUUUCUUUUUUUUUUCUGCUGAAGUCAGCAUAAAGACUUUACUUAGGACACUAAGAGUGAUGAGACUUUCAACAAUUCCAAUGAUCCUAAUUCAGCCAUAUCAUUUGCUUUCACCCAUGCAGAAAAACUGACAGUACGGAUGAAAAAUGGUCUCGGCAGCUCAGAGUACAAACCUGCUGAAUAUGAAAGACUGCAAGCUAUCAUUGAUGCCAAGCGCCUGGAGUCUGAUCUAAUUGGACAAAAGGUAAAUUUUGGUUGUAAUCAAUACAAUGUCCAUGCUAAAAACAGCAUUUUCAUUUUAAAAUCAAUCCCUGUUAAAUUUGAUUUUAUGGUGAUUCAGCAUGCAGCAGAUGAAGAAUAAUGUUCAAAUACACUGGGAUAUAAAAUGUUUUUACAGCAGUCAUCAUAGCCCUCCACAGGGGAAGCAGAACAUGACCUUAUUGUGAGGCAAUAAAAAGCAUGUUGUAAAAGAAGGAAACAGCAACAUUUAUCUCUAUUAGUGUAUCUUCUUUCUCUUUCUUAUUCUCGUAUUAUGCAAAGGGAUUCAAUACCUCUUAAAACAGCUAUUGCAUAACGUCUCUAAUUUGUUUAAGUACAUGAAAAAGAGCUGUAAUAUCACCACCAUACACAGCAGCUUUUCCAGUUUUAUGAAUAUUCAUUUGGCUGCCUGGGGUUUUUCUAUAAAACUGAUUGAAGUUCAUAGAAGGCUCUGAGCAGAGCUAAAAGUUAAUGCCAGGGGCAAUGAAGAUAAGGCUGUUAGACCUGCGGUGUUUUAAUUGGUAAACUGUGGCAGGAGCCUUUAGUAUCAUCACAGUCGCCCAUGGCGCCUUCCAACCCUGUUCUCUGUAUAACCUAGAUAAGCCCAUAGUCACAUUUGGUCUCCCUGCUGAAAGGCAAGCUUUUAGAGUAUCUCCCAUUGGAGAUGUGAUAGAGGGGGAAAUAAAUGACCACGAGUGGCUUCAAGCAUAGGAUCAUUUUUGCUCUCCAGGAUGGGACUGGAAGCAUUAGGAGAUACUAAAACCUUUAAAUUUUACCUCAUUAUAGGAUUUCUUACCAGGAGCUCUGUGGAAAAGUGUACAACUUAAGAAAAAAAAAAGGAAGGCGGGGGGCAUUCACACAGCCAUUCUGCGCUCACAUACUGGUAUAUGUUUGAGAAAUGCAAUAAAUUAUCAUUUCUCAAUUUUACCAGAAGAGAUAAAAACUAAUAACUUACAAUAGCAAUUUAUUUAUCUUUGUAGCAACUUUUAAAAACUGGUUUACAAAGUGCUUUGACAUACAAGCAAACAUGUAACACAGCAAGAACCCAAAGUACCAAAGAGCUCAAUAGAACUAAAUGAACGAUAUAGAACUAUAUAGAACUAAAUGAAGCAAAAUCACAUUAAAAAAAAAAAAUAAAUAGGAAAAAAAAAAAAAUGUGGCCCAAAUAGUUCUCUGCUGGCUUUUGUGAUGUGGUUGCCUGCUGACAUCAUUCUGGACCUGUAUGCUUAGCUCAUAGGUGGUAGCUCAAACUUGAAGAACUUCAGCAGCACUUGAAGUGUAUGAUACUUCUGACUUGUCAUCUGAGCCAUCUGAAACGUUUUGGAGGGGAUGUGGCUUUGGAAAGUGCAGUAAUGCUGUUGUUUUUAAUCACAGCAGCAGUAGGAAACAUGAAAAAGCUACAGUGGAUGAACUACAGUGAACUGAAAGGAACAAAAAAGCAUGUGGUUGAGAAAAUCUUAUUACCUCUUUUUAUGUAUUUGUUAUUGUUUGUUUUAAGACUGAUGUAUUUUAAUAACUUUUAACACUUUAUUUUCUUUAUUCUAUCUUAAAAUGGUUUUAUUGGUUUAGCCUUAGGUCCAGUGUUUCCUUUUUUACUCCAAGAUAGCGUUUCCUUGGUCUUUUGUGGCAGUUUGAAGAGUCCUCACUUAGUGUCCUUGUGUGUUUGUGCAUGAGUGCUGUGUGUGUUGAAUGCAGGUUGAGAGGGUGGGUGGGGUUUUGCUUUUUAUUUUGUAUCCGGCACUUUGUACUACAUUGUUUCGUAUGAAAGGUCCUUUAUAAAUAGAGUUUGAUUGAUUGAAAAAGAUAACCUUGAUCUUAAUCAAGUUGUAAUAAACAUGUUAAGGCCGACAGCCCUAAUAAACCCCAUACCAGAUACAUAGCAGUUCUGUAGGAUCAUUAAAUUGUAAAUUCAGUGUGAUACUGAAGUGCUUGUUCAGUGGUUAAUUUAUACACAGAGUAAUGAUUAUCUCCUUUUUAAGAGCUAGAUUUGAGGAAAUACAAAAUAUUCAAAUAAUUUUAAAGGAGCUCUUAAGAAUAGACUUAAAACUCUUUAGAGUUUAACAUAGUAACCUUGAAGUCGAACAAGAGAUGUGAUUGUUGCAGCUUUUAUACUUGUAGGGAACAUGUUGCCAAAGGGUUUUAUACCCAUUGUUGACCAGCACAGGUGAGAUCAUUAUUUUGUCUGAUAGAAUUCUAUUUUUAGGACUGUGUGGGCAUGAAGGGGACUGAGCUUUAUUGCCAUCUUUCUGACCCUAAGGUUUAUUUUAAGAGGGAGAAGGUACACCAUUGUAAUUCUCUGUGAGCCAGGAUCGAUGACCUUAUGUGAUUUCCAGUAUAUCCCCAUCCACCAGCAUCCUGACAAGAGAUUUUAUCAGUCGAAAUAAGGCGCAACACCUACAGUAUGUUGAUGCAAAAUUCUACACAAUCUCAGAAAGAGGUGUACAUAUCAUGGUUUCAGGUAGGUACAAAAAAAUACUGUGACUUCUCAACAUACAUUUGAAACUUUUGGUCAAACAGUUUUGAAAACAAGUCAAGAAAAAUGCUCACUGACACUGUAGCUGUUUGUUUUUUUGAUAAAUUUAGAGAGAAGUUGGCUGGCUGAGUGUAAAUAUAACAUGAAAAAGGUGGAUUUUGGCGGUUGUUUUAUUUGGCACAGUGAAACUAGAAUUGAGUAGAUGUAAGUUUGGCUCCAGGCACAGUUUUUGUAGCUCAGCAGAGUUACUUGACAGCCAAUGCAAAUUAAGAUCACCUACAAUUCAUUGCCUGGAAGAGGCCUGGAACGACAUUAAUUUGGCCUUUUUCUUUCAGAGCAGCAGUCGUUUCACAUUGACUGCUGAUUCCAAUAACUAUAAAAUGAAUGUCACCUCCAGGGUAAACCUUUUGCACAAUACAGUCAAACUUCUUUUUGCUCCAACAGCAGCAGAAAUAUGACACAUAAAUACACAGUAAUGACAUAAAUCAAAACCCUAACUCCUUUACAAUUACUGUUAAUGUGAGAUAGAGUCAGCAUACCCAUGUAUUCGUUAUUUGAGAUUUCUUUUUGUACAAUUAUCUGAGCCAGUGGCCUGUGUAUGAAAACACUGAUAGAGGAGUGCUCUGAAUGGGCCUUGUUCCUUCAAGAUGAAAAGAAAAACAAAUGAGAGUAGAUUAUCUUUUCUCUCUCCACCUCCCCCUCAUAAUAACAUGCCUCAUAGUCAUUCUGCGUCAUGCAUGUUUCAACUUGAUUGUUUUAAUUUGCAGCUGUUUAUGUUGCUAUCACACUUUUAGUGGGGAUACAGUUUCAGUUGAAUUACUAAAGUUUAUGAGCCUUUCACAGACACGGUGAUGCUAAUAAAGGCUGAAGCAAAUGCCUGUGUAAAAACACCCUCAAUGUGCCAAACAAGGGAACAGUCAAUUUUUAUCUUUAGUACACAAACUUUACACUUUUUCAUUACUCAUGCAACAGUAUGAUUUAUCCCCUGUCCUACCAUUUUGGUGUUAUGAAAGGUUCCAGAUGAUUGAUGCAUUAAAGCCCUCCAUAUCCAGGUUUGUCCCUGCAAAGUUAAUUAUUUUUAUGAGGGAAUAAAAGCAAGCACUUUCGUAAUCGUUUUUUGUUGCUUGUUCUAUUUUAGAUUUGCGUCAUACUUUUUUCUUAUAGGUCACGAAGACCUGCCGCACAGCCAAGGCGACCAGAGAGAGCUCCAUACUACAGCAGCACAGACAGGUGUGGAGCAGAGAGUGCCUCAGGCUGCAAAAAGCUGAGUAAGAGCUCCCUAUUACUCCCUGUCAUUAUCUGUUGCUGUUUUCUGGAUGUGCUAUUACACCGCGUAACCGUUUCAGUUAAGCCCCAUUGAACCCAGAUCGGAGCCUGUAUAUAAAAAUAAGGUGCAAAAAUAAGCUUGACAAGAAGAAAUAUCAAUGAAAAAAACAAGAAUGGAAGAAAAAAUGUGUUGAUUUUCUUGUAGUAAUGGCAUUGAAUUAAAGGUGAGAAAGAGAGAAAAAGUUUGGGGAUUGGAGCUGUGUGGGUGCUGAAUGGAGGAAUACUCUCGCUACUCUCUACGUGUUGACGCAAGAAGUGUGGGAUUGGGGCCCCAGCAGUGUCAUGCCUCGUGAAGUGAGAAGGGCAGCGCUAGCUCUGGGGGUGCAGCUUGUUUGGCUGCGUAAUGACUGUGUCUGAGCCACCCAAGGUUAAUGAUGUACACAAGUGUGAGCCUCGGUAAUGAGCCCAGUCCUAAAGAUGUGCCACUGCUUGCAACUCUCUAUGCAUAUACCCAGUCAAAUUACCAUGGGAUUCAAAAGCCACCUUGUCAGAAGGGAAACAGAAGAAGAUAUCUCUAUGGUUACGCUGCCUUUAUUAACAAUAAUGUCAGCCCCUUUCUUACUGUCUUAUUAUUUUGCAGCACUCUUCCUGUCUUCUGUUAUUUUUAUUUACCAUCCUCCCCAGCCAAGUCCUUGUUUUUUCUGUUUUGUUUAUUUUGACACUAACUUUUUAUCCUCUUUUGUAUAGUACAAUGACAGGCUGUCAUCACUUAAAGUUAGAGUGAUCACACAUAUGGUGACUCACAGACUGCAUGACCUUUUUUUGGAACCAGACAAUCCAACAUAACUCCUCCACUGUCUUAAGAAUUAAGUUGCUUCUGCUUUGGUGAUUUAUCUCAAGUUUCUGCAUUGCCCUUUAGUCUAUAUUGCUGCCCUUUAUUGCCACAAAAUAACAAAACACUUAAAUUUAUGCAAAAUGUUAAUAGACCGCGAACCAUGAGCUGGUUAUUUCAUCGAAUAUCCCCUCUGGAAAAAUAAAGCUCUUCUUAUCUUACUGUUUCUGUCUGAGUUUCAGCCUGCAUUAUUUUUAAUCAAAGACAUCUAGAGAUGAUUGAUUCUUUAUCACCAUGGAUUACAGAUUCUAUCCAGUAGUUAUAGAGGUCUUGAGCAGUGGAGAUAAAGUGGAAAACAAUGAAGUCAUUUUUUACAUCCACAAUGAAGACGUCAUAACUUUUAAUUCAGACAUACACUCCAAGAGAAGAGCUGUGCCCAUCAUAAUCAAGUAUAUUUCAAGGAUAGACUGAGUACUUAAUUCAAGAUCAAUUUUCCACACCUCAGAAGCUUAUUAGCAGUCCAGAUGUUUGCACUGGAGGAAAAUAAUACUUUGAUUUGAGUAUGUAGGUACUAGUACUUUGAUUUAGUAAUUCAAUUCGAUGCUACUUUGCAUAAAUAAAUUCAUAGUAAAGCUUUUGUUGCUUCUUAAACAUUUCAAACAUUUUAAAGAGUGCACCAAAAGUCAUAAUCUUGGAAUAAACUAAUGCAUUCUCCUUUAACCACUAGCUGUAUUUAUUGAUCUUAAGGGGGGCAAACAAACAGCAAGUAAGAUUUGGGUAUAUCUUGGUAGUUAGCCUAAAUUAACUAAUGCAACCAGCUAAUUUUUGCAUAAAAGUGUUAAUGAGACCUUCAGGUUAUUAUUUCCUCAAGAGUUUGAUCUUGAUUAAUACAGGUGACCAAAGCACUUUAAGCUUGACAGUUUGUAUCAUGUUAAUGUUGCUGAAUAAACUUAUUAACUUGUUUUUUUUUUCUGUGUGAAACAGGGAGGAAGCUGAGAAUGACAUCCAAGAUAUUCUGGAGAUGAUCAGACCGAUUGACAAAACAGACACUGCCAUCUUCUCACUCCAAGAACAUGGUAAACAAAAGAAGGCCAGUGGGUAUUAGAAGAUUGUUCGAUUAUCCUCCGUUAGACUGUAAAGGUUUUACUAAUGUCUCUCCUUGUUUGUCUUUGUUUGGGUUAAGCACUGCUCCUAAAGACGGAACAAGAAACAUUCAGGACAGCCACUGUAGAGCCUGUCCAUCACCUCAAAGAUGACCUGUGCUUCAGACUGAGUGAAAUACACCAACAACACGGAGCUUCAGGAUUUAACUGGGAACAAGUAAUUCAGCAGGUAUCUACAUAAGAGAAACAUGGCUGACAGUUCAUGUCCACCACAGUGACUUCAGUUAAAAUGAAGUAGAAAGUUGGCAAAAAGAUUUUCAUCUCUGUUCCUGUGAACUUAAAUCAGGUGGAUCAGGAUCUGGGCUUUUGGAGUCUCUGCGUCUUCCAACUCAUGUCCUUUUCUUUUUACUGGAGUUUUUUAAUUCCUGCAGUUCAUUCAAAGCCCCAAAUAAUGAAUCCUGCCAAACUGAAACAGCUUGUACACAUCCAGCAGCAGUUUCAACUCUCUUGCCUGAUCACACAAUGAUUCCCGCUUGCACACAGCGUUGCACUCACAGUCCAAGAAUCUCUUGUUUGUCAGAUAUCCACGGUACCAAAGUCAAAAACUUGCCUUUGACUCUCAGAGGCUUUAUGCAGGCUCUGCAGAUGAAUGGUGAGAUUAAGGAGCAAGCAGGGGUCUUUAAAGACAGACUUUACUUGGAAUGUACCGUCUGCCAGCCAUUUUGUCUCCUCUGUGAGGCUUACCCAUGCUUGCUUCUUUCCCAUGACCCCCUCCACUCCUGCUGGCCCACAGCCUCAUCCCACCUGAUAACAUGGGCACAGCACAAUGGAACCCCCCUUCCAAUCCCACACCCACACACACACACACACACACACACACACACACACACACACACACACACACAAACACACACACACACACACAUAGCUGUAUAUUGAUGCCUCUUGUUGUCCUUUUUUCCCACUCCCGACUUCUGACCAUUUGGUAUGUUUACUUAUCUUACUACAUGAAUUUGCUCUCCAACCAACUAACAACAUGAGAGAUCCCCUUUUAGUGCCAUUAAUACAUCCAUGUUUUAAAUAGGAACUUAAGAUUCUGGAAACACAAACAGGGAUUUGAAAGCUUAUUUAAGAAAGAAUCAGAAACAAGACAGUCCAACAGGAAUAAUGCCCCAUAGUCAGGGAUGAAUUGAUUGUGAGAGUCAGGGUCAAAAAUAAUCUCUUUUAUUACCUCUUUACAUUAUCUCAUAGCUUUCAUAGAUAUUGUCAUAAUCUGACAUUGCUAAUAUUCACAUUUGAUAACAACAACAAAUAGUUUCUUCUGACUAAUAAAACCCUUUUUCACAAAUUAGCCAUUGAGUAUACAAAUAUGCUAGCAUGACAAUAAUGUAACACAAGUACGUCAACUCUGAUGUCUGUACACAGCUCAUUAUUUCCUGAUAGCUAAUGUUGGCCAGUAGUUGUUUUUAUAUUCAUGUAUAUUUCUCUUUAUAUGUGUUUAUUUGAACAUUGUCCAGAUCUGACAGCUUUGUUAAAUACUGAACUAAAAGUGUUGCAGAGAUGAUGGGCUAUAAUGAUGAAGAUGUAUUUAUUAAUGCAUCAAAGUAAGAUUUUUCAGCCAUCAGUGUUCCUAAUCUCUUACUCCUUCUUUAGCUGAGAUGUAGAUGUUCUGGUUCUUCUUUCAUUUUUAAUUUUGCACGUAAGAGUGUGCAUUCCAUUAACCAAGCUAACCAAGCUAACCAGCUAUUCUCAUGCUUUGCUGAUGUACAUGCGCUUCUAACUCAGAGCUCCUUUGAUUUUUGGCCUUUGACCAUUUUUUGCCAGAGCUUAUAAAGAAAAUAAAAAAAAACAGCAGCAGUUGUGGCUCAGUAGCAAAGUUGUUUGUAUCUCACUGUUGUCGGUUCAAUUACAGCUGUACCUGCCAAUGUGUUUUAAACUCUGAGUUACUCCUGCUGACAUAUUCAGCAAUGUGUGAAUAAAUAUGAUUACUCUCUACUGAUGGGCACUAACAUACACUAGCACUCUUUGCUGUUAGCAUAACAUCAGUGUGAACAGGUGCACAAGACAUGCAGUUAGAAAGUACUUUGGGCUAGGAGUUUGAAAAAAAAUUGCAAUUUUUUUCCUUUUUGUAAAACAUAUUGUGAAAAGAAAAAAAUACUGGAGAAGAAUUCUACUUUUUAAAAAGUGGUUACAAUAAUAAUACAAUCGUACAAUUUAUCGUUUGGGUAUAUCAGCAUAUUUUCUGCUUUCAUAUCAAAUCCCCUUCCUCACUAUGAUCUCUGACAUCGGCACUUACACAUACUUCAGAAUAUUUUAACUACAUACAGGGUUAAUUUAUUUAAUAGUCAUCAAUAAUCCCUGACUGGGUUUAAAAUUAUGCGUAGUCUGCGUCACAAGCAGCGUAAUGGUAAGUUACGUAGAAAGUAAGUAAACUUUAUUUAUAUAGCACCUUUCACAGACAAAAAGUCACAAAGUGCUUCACAUAAACAAAAAGUAAAAAUGUACAUACAAAUUUAAAAGGCCAUAACCACAACAUGAACUAUUAUAGCAGUCCCAAAACAACUAAACAAAAGCCUGAGUAAAUACAUACAUCUUGAGUUGGCUUUUAAAGGGGUCAACAGAGAGAGGAAGAUCAUUCCAAAGCCUGGGUGCAACAGCCUGGAAGGAUCGGUCUCCUCUGGUCCGAAAACGAGAGUGCGGAACCAUCAGUAGAUUCUGAUCCACAGACCUCAGAGCCCAAGUGGGGGUGUAAGGCUGGAUCAGAUUACAUAUGUAACAUGGAGCCUGACCAUGCAGGGCUCUAUAUAAUAGGACCAGAAUUUUAAAAUGUACCCUAAAGGAUACAGGCAGCCAAUGUAGAGCUUUAAGAAUAGAGGAUAUGUGAGUAUUAAUGGUAUUAAACAGCAAAGAAGAUUCUGGUGAAGUCUGUAGUCUGUAGUUUGACAGUUGUGAAAGUGAACUGCUGAAAACAGACAAGAGGAAAAUUAGAUACUGUAGAUCUGUUUAGAGAGAGUGCUAAUGACUAUAAAUAAUCUGUUUGCCUAUUAAACUAAGCAGUGAAUGCAUGCCACUGUAAAAAAAAACAAAAAAAAAACACAUUUAUUCUAUUUAAGUACCUUACUGAAUAGUGUAAAAGUAAUUGCUACUUCAUCCAUUUGGAGAAUGGGUUAAGAUUGUCUGUUGUUAAACAUAACUUUAAAAAUCUUGACAGGUAAACCAAAUUUCUGAUGAUUUCUAAUUUCCACAUUUCUUUCCAAAAAAGACUCAGUUUAGAUUAAUAGAUAAAUGUUGUUUCCUUUCCAAAAUAGCUGUUUUUCUCCCUCUGAUAUUUGACAUCUCUGGGGUGAAGCAGUUACAGAGCACUUACAGAGGCACUCUGAUGAUAAAUGUUUCUGAAUCUAGAGGUCUGGGAGAUCACAGGGAACUGGAGUUCAAGCAUUAAUGUUGAUCUCAGCAGACGCAGCAAAAACAGGAAGAAUAGAAAGUGUUACAGACGAUAGCUGUGAUCUCUUGAGUCUCGUCUUGAGAUCGGCACUUGAUUUUUGUGAACUGUAAGAAGAAGAAAGGCGUUUCUCUUUUAGAGCGUUAUGGAUACCAGACUUUGAACUCUAAAAAUAAAUGCAAUUCAAGAAAGGUGAAAAAUCACUCUUCUCAGUUUGAUUGUGAGUUCAAACUGUGCGUGUUUUACGCUGUUUUAUCACCAGAUAAACUUUGUGAAAGACCAGCAAAAUGGUAUAACUGCCAAACUUCACGCAGAGUACCUGGCCUUGGAGGAGGAGAUUACUGGCUUGGGCUUAGAGGUACAAAUUUCUCACCUACUGUUCAAUCUAAGUUGAUUGAUAAAAAUUUACAUUUUGUAUAACAGUGUUCAGUGGAGCCAGAGAGGUGACUGAAUAAAGAGUGAAUGUCUAAUCAUUUCAGUUUUUGUCUCAAAGGUGGUCAUUUUUUCUCCACAGAAAUAUCUCACAAGUACUUCAGAUGAUGUGGUUUCAAAAAAAGAUGUUCCAGAGGAGGUUUUGGGUUCGGACUGCCCUUACCCAGAGCUAAAGGACUCCCUGAUCCAAGCCUUUCGGUCUCUGUCAGAAAGGUAUCAGAGCAGGCUGCAGAGUCUCCAUGAGCAACUACAUGCAAUCAACAGGUACACCUGACAGCAGCUGACACUCGUCUCUGCUUCCUAUAAUAAACUCGAGAGCUAUUUAUGUUGAUUGAUCGAGAAAAUUGAGUAGGUUUUGCAGCCUAUGUGAAAUAUAUGUGAUGACACUCCCUCCAGUUUUCCUCUCUUUUCAAAGAAACAGGCUUUAAAUGAUUCUCAUCUAUCCACUUUGAUAAAUCUUUCUAUAGGCAGAGCUUAGAAGAUCAGGAUGAGAGAUUAUGUUCUCAGCAGGACGUUAACGGCAUAUAGAAGCGCAGUCAGUUUCCUGACAGACACAAGUGUUUCUCAGCAGGAGGUUGAUGAUAUCGAUGUGUCAAAGCCCCUUCACAUUUCCACUUCGAUUUCCAUAUGUUUUCCAUACAGCACGGCCUGCUCCUGUUGAUGUGUGCAGUUGAAUGUACAGUAUAUAUGAAUAUAUGCACCUGCGGGAACAGGUCAAUAAGAUAACCUGUAAAGUAAAGUGUUAAAUAGAUGAAUUUCUUUUUUUCAAAACAAACACUACAAAAUAUUAUAUUUUUAGUAUAUUUAUAUUUGUAUGUAUUAAUGAAGCUAAGUAGUCUUUUCUUGUUUGAUUUGUUUCAGGUUCUGUGGCUGGUGUGCAGAUGAUCACCAUUGUUUCCAGUUCAUUUUGUCUCAGUACACUCCACAUGACGUGCCCAACUACAGAGUCCUCUGCAUGGACAUGCUGCAGAGGCUGUUCCCUCACAGAAGUAGACAUGAGCUGGUCAGUGUUUUAUUUAAUGUUAAACCUUUGAAAAACUGAGACAAAAUUGACACAAACUAAACCAAAAGAGUCGUAAGCCAUCAUAUGUUUUAUUAGAUUUUUUUGUCCUACAUUUAUACAGAAUUUAUGAUUUCAAUGAUCAAAUAAUUAUCUUAGUUAUUUUUCAGGAAGGAGGUUGUUGCAUUGAUUGAAAAAAACAUUAUUGUGUUAUUAAACAGAAUCACUGCAGUGCGCUUUGGACUGGCAGAAAGUUGUACUUUCAUUUUUUCUUAUUUUUUUACACAUGCAACAAUUGCCUUCCCUGAAAAAAAUGGAGUUAAUACUGAAGCAUCAAAAGAGCACCUGCAAUUGGCAGGUAUAAAGACCCAGAAGUACGUCUACUCCUUUUUUUGUUAUCUAGGCAAUGCAUUCAAAUUAAAAAAGACAAAAAAUGGAGGCUGUCAGUGUUUGAAAUUCAUUUUAAUUUUAUGAAAGAAAACUGGGGGGAAAUUUCACAAAUAGUGGACUGCAGACGCUAAUAGCCCCAAGAGCUGUGCAUCAUUUGCCCCUGCUGUCUGCUUUAUCUCAAGCUCUGAUUCACAAAUGAUAUUAAAGUCCAAAAAUACCCACCAGGUCCGGUAGCUCUGUGCAAUUUUCUUCAGUUUUGUUUUGUAAUGUUGCUGAGAUGAGCCGUGGACAUCUCUUCACUCUGCUGCACAGAGCUGCACUGUGUGCUCUAAGCAUGACGAUACAAAUCCUAUCUACAUAUGUAAUGAGCUGAAUGGAGAGGUAAUGUUCUUACUAUUUUAUUAUGGAGUCACUUCACAACAGAUGUAACACAGAUUUCACAGUUUAUACCCAGCUUUCUUCUUUGAGGAAGCCUGCAAAGAGCAACUUGUCAGAUGGGGCAAAACAAACUCUGUGUGUGAUGGCACAUUUGUUAGUGUGAGUGUUGAGCCCCAGACACCCACAAACUGUUUGUUUUAAAGAUAGGGGUGUCAAAGUAAUGACAGACUCUAACAAGGCUUACAAAUACUUCAGUGCAAAUAGUUUAUACUCUCAGCAGAUGGUUAAACUUUUCACUCAACUGUGCUGGUGAAGGUGAAUUAUGUGUUUUUAACACGUCUGUUUGCAUAGAAAAAGUCACAUUUGGCUACAAACAGAUAAAUAAUGUCCCAUUUAAGUAUAUAGAAACAAUAAUGCCAAAAAAAAAAAAAACUGCUUGCAGAGACAUUUGUUGAGCUUUCAACACUGUAUUGAUGCUUUUGUUCUGCUCACAGGUUUAGUGGGUGCAAAAGCAUUGCAAUCCUGACAGUAAACCAAAAAAAUCCCAGAUUUUAAGAUGUCAUCUUGUACUUUGGCUACUUGGAGGAUAUAUUUGUUAAUUUUUUUUUUUUUUAAAACUGGAGUCUAAACCUCUGAGGGCUAAGUAUGAUGAGAUGGAAUUUAAUUAUAGAAAAAAUAAACAUUUGUUUGUACAGGGAUUGCUUAGACUUUCUGAUCUGCAGCUCUCUGAGCAUUCAGAGGUUUUUCCUCUUGGUCCAGUGCAGACUUUGGAUUCAUCUAGUGUAGAUGUCCUCUGCCAUUUAAACAUUUUCUGGUUGAAUGGACCACAGAAAAAAAAUGCACAUCCCAGCCCCACUUCUUCAUACCAAAGUAUGUGCAUUUACACUGUUUGUUCAUGGUUAAAAAUGUGGCCCCCCCGCAUCCCUGCAACGUGAGUCCCCGACUCCCUGGUCAAUGUGACUCAGCACCCUGAACCGCUUAGACAGACACACAGUUAAGCUUUGACAAUGACUUGCUCAGCACGCUGCAGGAUGUGCCAUGUCACCCACUGUGGACAACUCGCUCAAGCCACCACCCCAGCAUCGCCAUGACAACCGCCAGCCCCGCUCUCCUUCCUCCCUCACCCGCUCCCGGAGACCUGUCCUCAUAUCAGUUCCAGCUGGGUGCUGCAUUUAGAGCCGUGAUCGUUCAGCCUUUGGGGGGUGACAGGGAGAGAUGUGUUUCUCAACAGUCUCUCUCCACACUUUUCACCUCCUCUGAAGCAGAGUUGAUGCAGAGUGUUGAUGUGGCAGUGAAUUCACCUUAUCCAGCUAUUAGUCAUAAUUAAACUAGCUCACAUGUGGUAGAUAAUUAGCGUGCACGACAGUAGGUUGCUGAAACCUCACUGAUUUAGUGCAUAUAUGCCAUUUUAUAUCAGCGUUUGGAAAACAGAUUUCAUUCAGGGUUGUUUUGACAUUUUCUGUUUUCGAAACCUAAAUUAAGAGAACAAAUACACAAGUAAGUCAGCAUUGAUUAGAGCUUAUUAAGCUCAAAGGACAGAGACUGUAAGAGCUCUGCUCCAUGAAAUCUAAAGUAAGGAAGAAAAUCCUACAAUUGAGACACCAUUCUGCUUAAGAAAGAUAUUUGUUUAUAUUUUUCAAAUAAUUCCCUCUGCAUUUUUACAAAUGUGGUUGUCAAUUUGACUUUCUACCAGUAUGAGUUUAUUUACAGAGUGGUUUCUGCCGAGCUAGGUCUGAGCUUUAAGGUUGUCCUUUGUCAGUUUCCAUUUCAGAGCCUUGAAAGCUGCUCUUGUUUGAGCUUUAAUAACUCGCCUGCUUGUCAUUUAGAUCCCUCUGCAGGCAGUCAUAUCAUAAUGAUGCACAGUCUUCCUCGACUUUUGUGAGCAUAAUUUAAAUUCUGACACAAGACGCAACAGUUUUGUUUUAUAGCCAGACAGCAGAUGUGACAUAUAACAACCACAGCCUAAGGGUUUGUGCAGUCAAACCACCUCAAGGCCUUGGUGAUAAAUCUGUAGUAAGUGCUCUCUUCAAAUGGCUGCAUAAACCUUGUGUUUUGAAAAUAUUAUAUCUAUUGUUUGAGAAAGAGUCAUUGCGAAGUGGUUUGUUUUAUAUAUUUUUUGCUUUUAUGAGAAUAAAAGUGUUUUACAUUCUUUUUUACUUUGUAGGAAAUAUCUAGAAUAAAGCAGAGCUGUAGUAGAAGUUGAUUUCCUAAUUUAAGAUAUUUGAAGUUUGCAUUUACAAUUCAGUUAACCCUCACAUACUGUUCAAAUCCUGUACCCUCACAGUAUGUUCCGGGUCAAAAUUGCCCCUUCAAAGAGUUCAAAGAGCAGCUUUCUGUCACAGAAAGUUCUCUUGACUAGUUAGGUCAUUUUGACCUCUGUCUAGGUGUGUCUGUGUGACUGUAUGUCUGUGUGCGUGCGUGUGUGUGUGUUUCUGUCAAGGUAAUGAUAGUUUCAUAAUGAUUUGAAUAUAUCUUUUUGAACAACAAACCUUAUAUUGAACCCUGUUGUUACUGUUUGUCACUUGUCCCACACUGCUAGAUCUAAAAUCCAUCUAAAUAGAUGCGGGUCAAAUUUGACCCGUAACAGCCUUAGAGGGGAAAAAUUUGUAGCACAUAAACAAAAAUACACAUGAAUAUUUUUAAAUCAAUUUCAUGUAUUUUGGGAAACUUCAGGAAAAGUCAUCAAGUUUCAGGCUUAAAGAAUGACGUUUAGGGUAUUUUUACUGCUGUUAAAAGUCCAAACGGGUCAAAUUUGACCCGAACAGUAUGUGAGGGUUAACUCAGGACAGUGUAUUAAAAAAGUGCUCCCUUAUACAGCUAGAUGCAUAUGGACAUAUUCUUGAGUUCUUUCUACCUCUCAAUCUUCAUUUCCAUCAGGUGGUGGUGCUCUAAGUAGCUCAAAGAGGACGUCUCCCCCUGCUGGAUGGGGCUCUUUAGUGUCCAUUAUGGCUUCCUCUUUGAUGUCUCCCAUGACAAGUAGGGAGCCAGUAGAGUACCGGCAGGAUCUUAAAUUAAUGCCCUCAUAAGAUGCCCCAGCAAUAGCAGGAAUAAUUCAUACCUCAUACUUUUUUAUGAAUAUAUCUGGGAGAACAUUUCUAGUCACUCCUCUGUGUGGAUAAGUGCGCUGAAGAGAGGCUGUGGUUGAGAGUGCUAAGCAUAGUGUGGUGGAUGCUUCCACAUGCAUACUGUCUGCAAUAUGUUGACUGAUCUGCAAGCAUUGGUAGCAUUGCAAACACACUUAGCAUGACAAGAGCAAAAAUCCAAGAAAAGCAAGAGAGGUGCAGAAGAGGACAAAAAGAAGGGGAAAACAAGGGGCGGAUCUCCCUCAACUUUUGAAAGUGCAUUAAUAAACAGGAUCUGCUCGAAUGGCUCUGGCACUUCUCUUCCAUUGGCAGGUCUGUCAGCUCACUCAUUUUCAAUAAAACCAGUCAGCCGUCUAAUGCCUUCCCACCGUCAGUUAGCCGCCAUUAGCCCAUAGAUGAAUAUCAUUCCCUCUGUUCCAGGGAAGCAGCCAAGUGAUGCAGCCUCUGUGAGCGCUGACACAAUGAUGAAUAGCUACAGGCAGCCCUCACACAGAAAGGAACUGUUUUCCUUCAGGACAUUUCACAGCCAGGAGAGACGGACCAUUUUAUACACCAGCACAGCUAAAUCUGACACAGAGUUUUCCCUGUGGGCCUGAUGCCAUUAUUAUAGACACUAUAUCAUGUAGGGGUGUUUGUGUUUGUUUGGAUUGUCAUUUAUCUGGAGCUACACUGUCUGCAAUUCAACAGUUACUCAUCCCUACAUGCUGUCUUCCCCUUAUUUAUAUAUAUAUUUGUUUGUUUUGUGUAAGAUAAAAAAAUAACACAAGUGAUAAGUUCAAUAAUUCAGCUUUACCAUCUGACUUGCAAACACAAUCUUCUCCAUGUAUGUUCCAGAUAGAGCAUGAACGUGUGUGGGACUUGCAGCGCUUCACCCAGGCACAGCUGAAGGUGGUGACCCAGCAGUGGCAGAGGGACCAUGAAGAGCUACUAGCCAGAGCUCUGGUCACCCUGCAGGAGGCCAAACAUGCCCACCAGGAGGAGCUGGAGCUCCAUAGAGACCGACAGCACCAGCAGGACAUCUGCUCACAUCUUAAGAAGAGGGUAAGUGUCUGGUGUGCCAUCAUAAUCAGGAACAUUUCCAUCUUUAUGAGAUGGUAGUUUUUAUGUCAGCAAUUAUGUUACAGUUCGCUUCCUCCAGUCCAUUUCUAAACCCCGGAGGAAGUGGGUCUGUAACUUUAAUAUAACUCUUGUUCAUUGUUCUGCAGCUUUCCAAGUAUGAGCCCUCUGUGGUCUUCCUCUCCACCAGUCAGAUUUAUAGGUUAAACUCACAUCUAUCGGUGGAGUGGAAAGAACUGGGCUGUUUUCAGUGAUAUAUUUAGCAGGACAUCCUUUUCCAACAGUCAUUUUUGUGGGACCAGACCAGACAGGCAGCAGCAGUGUCUGGCUGCCUUCUUAACUGUAUAUCUGCUGACGAGGCUGCCUUUUCCACCAGGCUGCCUGACAGCAUCUCUCCCUUUAGCAGCCACUUGGGAUGGGCUGUGAAUGCAAACAAGCUAAUAAGGAUGGUCUUACAAACAUGAUGGUGCUGUCUCAGAGGGGUGCUACUUCAUAUUCACACAACAAACAGGUUACUCAUGUGAACACAUCCAUGUCUUGUUGAUGCAGUGCUGUACAAAUUGAAUUUGCCUUGCCUGCCAGUUUUUAAAAAAUAAAUGGGGCUUAUGUCCUGUGGCUGAUUGAAUAACAUGACUUCCAGAUGAAGUGAAGAUGUGUUGUUGUGGGUUUGUCACAUGACAGUUUAUAUUACUAAGCACGUUGUUAGGCUCUGUAGGGGCACAAUCCCUGUUAUAUCCUAAUGUAAAGGAAAUGCAUGAAUCAAGCAGGUAAAUUUGGACAAUGGAAGCACCAUAAAAUAUGACAUCCUCUUUCAGGGUCACAUUAUAUACUGCCUAGUAGGGCUGUAAUCAACCAAAGAAAUCUUUGGUCGACUAAAACCCUGAAAUCUUCGACCAAAAAUCGACUAAUGAGGGACUCGACGAAGCGCAGCUUGGCAGGGUGAAAAUAUACUGUUAUAGGCAUGAGAAGGCAAUUAAACACAAAUAUUAUAUUCAGCUAACCACCGGACGUUGAUUAACGUGGACGUUGUUUAGUCUUCCUGUCUCCAGUGGGUUGGGCGAAUCCUAAAUAGUAAAAACAAGGGGGGUGUCCUGGGACAAGCUGUUACUCGUGAACAUAGACUGUAUAUAGAAUGGACGCCGUCUGCCUCCUCGCUGGGUGAAGCCACUCCGAGAACAGCACCCUCUGGUGAUCGGCUGCAGUAUAGGUCAUAAAUCCCGCCUCUGCCAGCAAAGCUUAUGGGCCUGUGGACAAACUUUCGAAAUUUAUUAACAUAAAUUUUUCUCCCCCCUGCUUGUAAGACCGGCGGAAUACGCUGGGUUUUUUUAACGCUGUUUUACGCUGGAAUACGCUGUUUGAGCCGAGUGUCAAUACAGCAACUCUCGGCGACUCUCCCGCCGAAUGCGUACAAUGCUACUGCCCAAGUGGUGGAGUGCAUACAACGCCACUGCGCAAUGUUGUUUUCAGGAAAUUGAGAAAAAAUGGUAUUACCGAGAGGUUUUUGGCUUCAAAUCCAACUAAUAAGUCAACCAGUCGACUAGGGCUUUACAGCCCAACUGCCUAAAGUUGAUUUUUUUAUCUGUGUGAAACUAAAUUUGUCAAAUUUUGUUUGAGUACACAUCUCUGCACAGACAGGAGAAAUGGAUUAAGGAUAUUGUCUGAAAGUCAGGGUCUAAUCUCCCAGAUCUGGUCGGUGUGACAAUUUCAUCACCUAAUUAUGUUCUUCCCCUCAUGUUUUAUUGCAGUGUUACAAUUUAAUUUUCUCACAAGUCUACAAAAGAAAAAAAAGGGCUUAUAAUAAAAACUGUCUCUUUUAUUUCACAAGCUUUAGCAAAGUGUGCAAGGUGCAAACACUGAAGGUGAAACAUAUGUUACUGUGAGUUAUUUUAGUGGACUUGAUGCUUGCCAACAAUACAUCUCUUUUUUUUUCUUUCUGUUGCAUGUUUGGAUAAAGUCCAGGAUGUCAUAUGCUCCCACAGUUAGUAGCUUGCAGAUUCUUUCACUUUGACAUCAUCUCAAGAAGAGUUUUUCCUCAUAACUUGCUUUCAUUAUGCAGCCCUCUACUGCAUUGACUUGGACUCUUUUUUUACUUGAUCCUUCUCUGUAUUCUUUCUAUACCUCUGGUUAAAGUGAAGAAGCAAAUUCAAGGCUAACAUCUACUCCACUCUCAGUUUUGUCAGAAUGGAACUACUUUAGAUACAACUGCAAUAACUGGGGCAUAAUACUGUAGUGUGAGGGGAAGACAUCACAGUUUUUUUAAAUGAUAGAAUGUGUGAUUCAAGGCACCAGCAUGUUUCUCCAAUCUCCUUUUUAUUGUAUUUUUGAGAACAACGGGGGCCUUUGAUUUUCAAUAUCACAGAUCUGGAAGUUGAACAUAAACUACACGCCUCUGACGAAGGCUAACACAUUGCUUUGUGUUCAGUUUUCAAGGCUCUCUGAGGCAAUAAACAAAAUAAAAUCACAUUGCCAUUUUAAGUCCCCUGACUGUUCCACAUCCACGUUUUUGUUUAUUCAGUGAAUGUGCACAUAUUGGAGUUUGUGUGGAGGCUCAGAUGGACGCCUGUUUGCAUCCAAUCUUUCGCUUCCAUAGCCUUUAUCAUUCCUGCACAGCGACACAACAGAGAGGGGAGAUGGAUUCUCCUCCUGUUUACUACAUCUGCCUGUUUACUUUCUUUCUGCAGCUGCUCCCUCAGACCAAAGUAACUCUCUUGACUAUUCCAUACAUCGUGAUCAAUCUUAUUUCUUCACUGUAAUAUUUUCAUACGUUUCCCCUGUUCUUUUUAGCAUUUUAAUUUAUUACACAACACAUACAAUGUUAUACAAAAGAGGAUUAGGGCCACAAGAGGAGAAAGAAAUAAUUACAGGAGGGAGAUUUUUUUAAUUUCCAUGUCGAGAUUAAAUUCAAAAUUUUGAGAUCAAGGUCAAAAUUUAAAACUAUCAAAUUUUAAAAAAAAGGAAAUUUCAACUUUAAUCUUGAAAUUUCAAGAUUAAAAAAAAUCGAGACUGCGUAAACAAAGCCUAAAAUUUCCAGAUCAAAAAAGUCGUUAUAAAGUAAUUACUUACGAGAAUGAUUUCGUAAUAAAAUAAUUAUGAGAAUAAAGUCAUAAUAGAAUCAUUACUUACGAGAAUAAAGUUGUAAUAAAGCAAUUACUUACGAGAAUAAAGUCAGAAAAAAGUCCCCAUAUUUAACCUGUUGUUUAAGAUGACAGUUGUUGAAAUGAGAGCUAAGAAGCAUUUCAUGAAAAUGUACCUCAAUAUAGGUUUCUCAAACAAGGAGAUACUUAACCUUUUGCACAUCAGCACCACAUUAUUGUAAGUAUCAUAAUGAUUUUAUUGCAACUUUAUUCUCAUAAGUACUGAUUUUAUUACUUUAUUCUCGCUAGUAAUGACUUUAUUCUCAUUAGUAAUGUCUUUAUUCUCAUAAAUUAAUCUUGAAGUCUUAAUUUUUGUUUUUCUUAAUGUGGCCCUAAUACUCCUAAUUUCAUAAUGUUAGGAUAGCCCUAAAUGUAUGAAAACUUCAUAUUAUUGAGCAGUCUAAUGUUCAACAUGGUCAUAAUGAUCUGUAACUUAUAGUUCAUCCUUUGUUUUUUUAGUUUGCUUUUUGCAUCAUAUUCUUGAACCCCACAGUUACUUCUACAGUUCCUGUGGUCAGCUGAAAUAUACUACAAUAAACCAAUAAAAUAAAUGGACAAUGUUUGGUUACCAAAUAAUACCACAUAGGCCUAUUUUAUAAGAGGGGAAAAAAAUCGUCAUUUACUGACAGAAGUUGGAAUAAGCCUGAUUUGACCUGAGAAAGUUCUAAAACAUCGGCAGCUUCUGUUGCAACUCUGGACAAUUACAGACUAGCAAAAAAAGUCAUUGAAGAAAACAUUUCUAUUUGUGUUCAAAGUAGUUGGUAAUUGUAUGAAAACACACAUACCAGGUGUUAUAUAGAAUAGGCACUUGGAAAAGUAAAGUCAGGAACAAAUGGAUCAACUGGUUAGCUUCAAACAGUGGUGCAAAGCUAAUGGUUAAGCUAACAUGGAUAGUUUGUUGAAAUGAUAAAAAUAAACAGAUCACUGGAUUAGCCCAUUUUCACCAACAGUAGGUUAGAAAUAGCAGAUAACCAGGUAAAAUAAGGGACAGUGUGAUGGACAAAUUUAAAAAUAGUUAGCAAACAGUAACAUGUCAAGAGCUAGGAGCCUGGAGAAAUGUUAACUGUUAAACUAGAUUAGUGUGAGUAAUAGAAGACAAUUGAAUUAGUUAGCAAACAAAGCAAUAACAAUCUCCUUAAAGUAAUGGCUUACUAGUGGAAAAGAUUGUUGAGAGAAAAGUUUAAAUUGUUAGUUGAAAGUUACGGUUAAGCAGUUGUAACCCAUUCAUGACAUAUUUUUAGGUUUUCAAAAGUCAAGAAUGUUAAUCACAGAAGUUUGUAAAACACUGUCCUUUUUACAACCUAGCUCGUGAGGGGAAAGGACGUAACGUAAAACCCCAGAUCUGUGAUGUCAAAAUUGUUAUUUAUUGCUAAAAGAAAUAAUGAAGUGCUGUUUGGCAUAAAGUUGAGGCGAGGAUCAGAGGAAUGUGGAGUGCUGCUCAAAGAAACACAUAAGGCAACCCUCGAGUUUGAAAAAUGUCGCUUUCUGAAAUUAGCUCAAAACAGCAGUUGAAACGAUUUGAGGGGUGAGCUGCUCCCUAUCCCAUACAAUUCCACAAAAAUAAAAAGAUAUACAAUUAAAUCGUCUAGCCUCGUGAAUCUGCCGCUCCUCCCCGAUUGGUCCUGCGGACUCUGCCCAUUAACCAAUCAGCAGCUGGUUUCUGUAGUAUCAACAUCCUCCAACAGUCUCACACACAGACCCUACCAAACAAGGUAAAUGGGGCUGUAACAGUCCUCAUUGUUACGUUUUACCAGUAAGCAGUGCUGCCCCACAGAGAAAGGUGAAUCAACUAAGACUGCUCAAUGCAGUCUGAAUGCUGGUUUACAUGUUGUCAGGGUUUUUCCUGGCUCAAAUUGAGGCAGAGGUGGCACCAUCCUGACCAUGCGCCAUGACGUGCAUGUAUUUGUAAAUUCAACCGACUCACUUUCUUUUACAGGCAACAUACUUUAAGUUAAGAGUUCAAAAAAGAGUGUGACCAUUAUCAUGUUAAAGCAUUCAUUUAUUAAAACUAUAUACAUAUACAAAUCAGCUGGCAACUUUAAAUUGAAAGUACACUUCAUCCACACAUCUCGCAACCAGACAGAACAUUUCAGCCUCCUCUUUUUCAUUCUGUAGAACCUCCUCAUGCACUCCUUGUAGUCCAAGGCCUCCUGGUCUGGUCCAUCAACGGCCACCUUACAACAGACAUCCAAGUGCCUCUCCUUCAGUCUGUUCCACAGAGGUGUCUUCACCUUAAACAAAACAAUUCAUCAUACAUUAAGUAUUUUUGUUUUUAUUCUGAUACAGACAUGAAGAGUGAUAGUGUUUUCAAUCAUAUAUUAUAUAUAUGUAUACGCUGCAGUGUCCUCCCUAAAAAAAACGACAACCAAUUAUUUCUUAAACUAUCUAAACUAUGUUAUUUUAGUUUUUGUAACUUUAUUAGUUAAGUGUUUUUAGGUACUACCAUCUUUAAUAUACUUCUCCUUCUCUUCUGCUGCUUUGUGAAUGGCUGUUACCACAUGUCUUUUUAAUGUGUCCAGCCUGUAGUUGGUUGAUGGCUGUCUCACUAAGGAGGCAGCAAUUGCCUGCUGUGUUGGGGCACAGUGCUUUUGGCAUAAAUAGCAGUGCAUGCCUUCCUCAGUAUGCCUGAGCCAGGUAAAUUGAUUGAGCCAUUGCUUGUCAAAGCCACUGGCUCUGUUUUUGAGAAGAUCUGGAAAGAGGAAUAAAAACUACGUACCCGUUGGCUUUGCGUUGUUAUGCUCCUAAUUGGAAACUAAUUAAUUAAUUACCCUCGCCUCGCCGACUCGUCCUGUCCUGCAUUUUGACCCUCGCGAUCACCAGUCCCUUGUGAAGUACUUUCAGACCUGACACAAAUUUCCACGUUGUCACCACCAUGAAUUAUAGCAUUUUAACUGCCUGUUACGUUUUUUCUCUGCCGUGUUUCACCUGGACUCUUGACUUUCCUCCUCGCGAGGUCGCUUUUUAAAGUACUGGCUGAUUUUGCCUGUCAUAACUGCAACGCUAAAAACGGAGGAAACUUUUUUUUUUAAAUAAAUCAUGCUCGGAUGUAAAAAAGACAAGCAGUAUUUACCUGUUUGUACCAUCCGCCAGGGAAAAUCAGGACGCCGAUAGCACCAACUAGCGGGAAAAAAACUUGAAAAAACAUGAUUCGAUCCGUUUCUUCUUCGGUAGAUGCUUCAGGUCUUUCCGGUGCACUGCUGUUGAUAUAGCGCCUCUACAGUGGCGCAACGCUGCAACUGCAGUUAAAAUACGUUGCUGCUGCAGAGGGACAUCAAUCGCUCAAUCAACACAGCUGGAGCUUUACGCUGUGUUGAGCGAAAUCAAUCGCUCUUGCUGGGGGCGGCCCAAAAUUAGGUGGAGGCGGCCGCCACGCAAUUUUGAACGCAGGAAAAACCCUGGUUGUGUAUUUCAAUCACAUGUUGAUGCAAAAGAAACUCUGGCUAUGGAAAGUCAAUCACACAUAAUAAGGAAGAGACUAUCUUCCUACUGCUUUCAUCAAUCACUAAGUUCAGGCUGCUUCAUUUAUACUGCAUUAAUACAUGUGAACACAGCUGUUAUGUACUUGAUGUUUGAUAUUUUACAGAUAUUUUGCAAAUAAAGAUCCUCUUCAACUCAUCUCCUCUGUGGUGCACUGGGUUCAGGUGAGGGCAUUUCUUGGAUGAUUUUGGUCAGUGUUGAUCUGGUUCUGACCUCAUUAUAAAAGGGGAACAAGGCUGUCUUCUUGGGAGGGUGUAGUAGAAAGAAACUCCAGGGUAAUUGAUUUCAGAGACAGCUUUUACCCUUCUGUUUUUGAAAGGGCACGGCUGUCACACAGAACCCAGCUUCUUCUUAGGAAGGCCAUGCAAAGACGACCGGCUGGAUCAUGUGUCUGAACUCAGCAGAAAAAAAAGAGUUGUUCACUUUAAAAAGGAUCUCCAGAUGUGUUAAACAGCACAAGAUAUAAUACAAGGUAAAGCAAAAUGGAUUAUUGAGAUAAGUAGAUACCAUUUCAUGCAUGAGAUGAGGCUCAUUUUAUAACAGUUUAUCUCUGAAAGACAGACUCUUCUUUUCAAAUGAUCAGCUGUUUGUUCUGCAGCACUCUGGCUGCUGUAAUUAGCUGGCAUUGUUCUUGGUGUUGCUGUUCAUUCCAGCCUUUUAUUCUGUCCUUGCUUUUAUUUUGCCUCCCACUUCUAUCUCCCUCUCAGGCAUCUUUGAUGAGCGAUUGUGUUCCCCUCAUGAGUAAAUAAAGCCUACAGGGAUGGCAGAUUGUUUCAACAUGCUCAGGCGGGAAGCGGUUAAACAGGCCAGCAGGACAGGUGACACAACAAUUGAAAGACGAAAGGUAUUCAUGAGACAGAGGGGUUUUUCACUUAUUGAAAAGCUAAUGUCCCAUUUCCUACUUUCAAGAGUCCUUUGUUAGGAAAACAGCUCAGUUACAGAUUCAUUUAUGCCCACAUAAUCCGAGUGCCUUUCCUGCAGCAGGAAAUGCUCUUCUCUGGGCACUGUGUGUCAGCUGAUCCCCUGUCAGCAAGUAUUUUGACUAAAAAAGGUGCAGCUCUUCAUCCCUCUGCUGGCUGAAUGGAAUGAGCUCUAUUGGUUUAGACAGUGCGUGGGCUAGAUAGUAUUUCAAAUGACAAUUCUCUGAGGAGUUAAUUGCUCGUUUGUAUCCUUAUUUACUGUUCUAUGCUGCUAGAAGCUUCAUUUAGUCUAACGAGUCAUUUUCUUAAGUCAGCAUUACAGUCUUAAAUCAGGAGACUUGGUGUUAGUUUGAUUGAUAUUUGAUAGAUAGAUUUGCAGUGUUGCACAUGCUCGCUAGAGCUCUUUACAAUCAUCUUUUUUAAAGAUAAACUUUGACUUAAGAAUAUGACAUGAAAAGUUUUGGGUAACACUUGUUUUGACACCCAUCUUUAUAACGCAUCCAAAAUAUGUUUAUAAUGUGUUAUAAUCAUGUUAUAGCACUGUUUAGCUAUAGUUAUUACCACUCAUAAAUGAUCAUAGUGCUUUAUAGAAAUAUUAAUAACACAUUAAAAAGCAUUUUUAUCAUGACUUACAAGGGCAGGUAUUAUAAUGUGUUAUAACUGUUAACAACAGUUUCAUUGCUAACAGUGAUAACACAUUAUAAUACCUGACCUUGUAAGUCAUGAUAAAAAUGCUUUAUAAUGUGUUAUAAAGCAUUAUGAUCAUUUAUGAGUGUUUACAACUAUAGUAAUACAGUGCUAUAACAUGAUUAUAACACAUUAUACAAAUAUUUAUAAUGCAUUAUAGAGAUAGGUGUCAAAUAAAGUGUUACCAAGUUUUGAUUGUUGCUGAAACACCCCCUCGACAGAAGACUUUAGGAUAACUGUACAGUUAUUUUAACAAAGGCCCUGAACAUGCUACAGUGUGCAAAUAUAAAGGCCAUCGUUCUUUUGUUAUUCUGACAUCUCUAUAGUCAUUUUUGUGCCACAGUGAAAAGGAGGGAGCCUCAUUUCCUAUUGAAUUCAUAGAAAAAGAGAUCCCAGCGACAAAUAACUGUAGACUGUACAUAAUGUUUGAUUCUUUUUGUGCUUUCUAGAAAGCUUUUCAUCACUGCCUCAAAAGGAGGCAAACAAGCAAAAUACAUCCAGCCUCUGUGGCUCUCACAGUGUUCACAGUGGCCCAAACUAAACUGAGAUUCAUCUAAGAAUUUUUCCAUGACCUCAGGUGAACACUGCAAUCAAACUAUGCCUUUUUUUUUUUUUACUUUAUGAUACAAUAAAAAAAGAGUCUUAUCUGUCACAUGUUGACCAAUUUCUCAGAGAAACUAUGCAGCACAGGCCCUCCCACCUGGUUGUUUGCGAACCUCAUCUCUCCAGAGCAUCAAACAUGCAGGUAUCUUAUCUAGGCCAGGCCUGACCUUGAUGGAUGGUGUAAUUAUGUGAGCUUGUUUUUCAGAUUUUUUUUCAAAAACAAAGCCUCUUUUGUUUUUAUUAUUGGAGAGAGAUAAAGCUAAAGAGGUAAAAGAAAUGUCAGGGAAAAAAUCCUCAGAUUAAACCUGAACGGGGGCUUUGAUUUACAAUACAUCCAUGAGCAAAAAGGCGACAGGAAACCCCUAAAUAUAGUAUUUGGUAUUCGGUAGUAUACAGUAUGAAUAUAUGUACUUGUCAUCAGGAUUAAAAUGUGAUGUUCUGGUCCAGUUAUUUCAUUUUCAACAACUUUAAAGAAGGAUCCACAUGUCUGCCCAAGAGAACAUUGAAGCUCCUGAAGGAAACUCUUGUUGCAUGAACAUCUUCAGCACUAUCAAACUAACCUGCAUUUGAGGCUCUGUUGUUCUAAAUCCCCCCUUAUCACACAGCUGCUUCUUUUUCCCAGGCAGACAUGCUGUAUGAUUGACUCGGUGAUACCGUUGGUGCUAAUGGAAGUGAGACCAUGUUAAUUUGCAGUUCAUUCCUUCAGGGAUUGUUGAGCUGUCCUGUGAUAGAUCUGUGAAUCUGUCCGCCCAGCAGGAAUGCAACACUCUUAAUACCCGGCAUGCCGCAGAGAAGCUGCUGCAUAACAAACCUGUCACUCAAACCACUAAGCAAAUGUGGGCCUGUGUGUGUUUGUAUGUGUGUGUUUGUAUGUGUCUGACUGUCUGUUUCCAGGUAUAAGGCUGGAUGAACAAAGACUACUCUCCCUGCAACUGGCAGUUUCUUUUUUAGACCAGAUUUUUCAUCAUUGGGUAAACCAGUUAGAUUGGGGUUUUGUCAUAUUUUUACUGUUUUAGCUUCUUAUAAAUGAAGCACAAAAUCAAGUGGGUUUUCUUUGCUGAUUAAAACUUGAUUGUUUUUGCCAAAUAACAUGAACCAGCAGACAGUCUGGAUCUUGUGAAAUUCACCAGUAAAUAUAGAUUUUUUUUUAAUUUGUAAUACCAGAGUUGCUGUAAAAGACUUACACGAAUCACUCCAUUUGUAGUACAGCUCAAAAACUCAAUGCUCUGAGGGGUCUCAAGGUGAUCCACUUGGAUGUGUGAAAGAGAGUUUUGACACCUCUUCCAAAGUUCAUGCCACACUUUGACACCGAGUAGGUGGUGCUCAGCAUGGUUGCCUCCUUCUGACUCACGCUUUUAAAAGACAGCUGCUGAUGGACAAUAACCUGCUCUUUGUUUCUCCCUGGUGUGUAUUUGCAUGUGUGCUUGCAGCUGCAGCAGUGGCGAGCCCAGCAGGAGGAGGUGGCGAAGCUGGAGGCGGCUAUAGCUGCUCGCCAACAAGAGGAGGAGGACACGAGGUUAAAGAGGGAGCAGGAGAGGGAGAGUGCCUUCAGAUCACAGCAGAAGGAAAAAGUAAACACUGCAUCUCAAUCUUCAUCUCCUGCUGCACCUGUUAUACACGUCAGUGCACCUGUGAAUGUGUUUGAGCUCAAAGCUAUGCUCUAAUAAUUAACAUCAUUUUAUUUCCGGUUAAACAACCUGUGCUGUAAAAUAUGAUGUGAAUUAUAAUUUAUGAGAUAGCUCCACAGAGGUUUAUCACAAUAAGUGUUCUUGUUCAGUGAUGGGUGGUAUUGUUAAUAGUGUUCAAACAACUUCAAUAUGUUGAGUGCAUAUGUUAUCAUCUUCAGGCUAAAAGCCAGUUGUUCAGAAAUAAAGUCAGAUGACAAAUUUUAUAAUUAUGCAGCCAGAAUCACUGCUGACGCACAGAGCUGGUUCAAAAACAGAAAAAAAAAAACCCUGGCCAGUCACAAACAUAAGACCAUUCUCAGCAGGACUGACCUGAUGUAUUUUUUAAUAAAGAAAAAGUAAGGAGAUAGGUUACAUUGAUGUCUCCAACGCGCCAAGGAAAUUGCCUCAGAAAAAGGGAAAUAAGAGUCAUAUUUACUCAGCUGGAUCUCAGACACUGGGCACACAAAUAACCAUGAUUUCACAGAAAAUACAAUAUUUUUCAUAAGUAUUAAAUCAUGCUGGUAUGUGGUGUAUUGACUCAUGCUAGGAACUUUCAUGAGGGUACAAAUGAGAUAUGAACCACCUCUUAUGAAAAAAUUGUAAUUGCCUUUAGAAAAAAUUCAGAAAUUUACUCGAGGCUUUUUACAGAGCCACUGAAAUGCUUUUAGUCAUCCUUACCUUUGGAUACCUCUGACUGACAAGCCCAAAUUAAAUUACUUACAACCAAUAUUUUGGGUUCAAUCAUUUUACAGCAUCUGAAGGUUUCAAAAAAAUGUGUGCAGAACAUGGGAGGUAUGGCUCUGCUCAAUGGUCGGUUGUACGGUUAAUAUUGUAUCAAAUGUCUGGAUCGAUUAAGAUAUGAAAGGAAAUAGAUCGCAGCAUGAGCCUGAUCAAAACUGGACAGGAACUAGUGAGGCCUGUCAAACAUUUUGAUGUUUUUCACAUGGAUCAAAUAAAACCGGUCAUGACUCAGUACUGAGAACAGUCUGGGUAGAGAUAUACAGCCUCUGUAACAUAAUCCAGCCAUUUGUUGGGGAAAGAGGCCCAGAAAUUGUAUUUCUGAGAUAAAUGAAGUAUACUUUGAAGGGGUUAUUGUAUCUUUUAUUUUAACUUGUGGAAAAUCUGAUCUGAAAAGUGACUACUUUUGGAAGAACAUACAAAAAUAGUGGGUCAAUCAUUUGACUGAGGGGCCUAGGGUGUGAUUUGAAUUUGAACAAAUACUUGAAAAUACUGUUCAUAAAAGAGGCGAGGGGGAAAUUCACUCUAUGAUUAAAUAAUUAACACAUUUUCGUCUACUACUCAGAGGGUACUUGUUUAAUAAUCUUUGCUGGAAGUGUCAGACAGUAACAUGAACAUUUUUACACACAGUUUUGGAGUACAGACUUGUUUACCUGGAAAAAGUACAAGAGCACAAAGAUAAGUGCAAAUAUUUUAUGACCCUGUAUCCCCAAAGCUAUAGUAUGCUUACUUGGAGAAUAGACAGAAUUUCCUAAUAAUUUAAAAUAUGACACUACAGUGAGAAAAGUAGAGUUUUUCCAUCUGUCUGAGGGAUCCUUGGAUUAUGGAAAAGUUCACCCUCUCCAGAUUUUAAAAACGGAAAGGAUAUAUUUAUUUGAUUAGAUCUGAUUAGUUCAAGUUCAAUUCAAUCUGAUCAUUAUUUGUAAGACGAUAUGAAUAUUAUCAUUUGAAAAUAUGUAUAUAUAUAUAUUUUUUUUUUAAAUGUUUAAAUGUUGAAAAAAUGUCUGCUAUACUAUCAUAAUAACACAUUCAUCAAUGAUGAUGAAGGUGAGAUCUGCAACUGGUCAUGGACCUUUUCAAACAGCACUGAGAAGAGACCCUUUUGAAGAUCUGGUUGAGCCAUUAUGAUGCUAAAUAAUCUUUGAAAUAUCUAUUUAUUUGUUUAUUUGUUGAAUGAGCAAAUUUUCUGAAGCUUUUAUGCUCUUUUUGAACUGAAGUAUAUGCAUAGAAACUUCAAAACUCCAGUUAGAAAUAUAUCAACCAAUCAAUCAAGAAGGGGAUCAGAUAAAAACAUAAGUUGUUACAAUUAUCUGUCCGUAUUGAUCAUUUGUUUAGUUAUUGUCUUUACAGGCUCAAAAUCACCUGAAUGUUUAUGUGUUUGUGUUUGUGUGUCUAACUGUUUCAUUAACUCUCUCCUCAGGGGUCUGCUGGGAGAGCACGGACAACCUGAGACACUCCUCUGAUUAAUGAGGACAUUUAGGCUGCAAUAGAUUUUAUAUAAUUUAGCACAAUAGUCUGACAGACAUUGAAAUAUCAUCUAAUUCUUUGUGUUUACACCUAUCUGAUUUCUGCAAUGUCACAAUCAAUAGGACAUGACGGUCCUGAGAGUUUUGCGGGAGUCUAAUUAGAGGCAGUGUGAAUCUUCCUGUGGCUGUUGGUAACUUUUUCUUGUCAUUCUUUGUAAAUCGUCGUUUUUCUUCCCAUAGGUCAGGCAGUUUUAUUUAAAGCAGCAGAAGAGGAGGGAGCUGCUGGAGCAAAGGGACCGAGAGAGGCUCGCUAAUCUGAGGAGUGAGAUGGAAGAACAGGCAAGGCGAGAUAAAGAGAGGUGAGGAGUCUAUUACGGUAUGCUAUUCCUGUAAACUUAAAGGUCCUGUGAGGAUUUUGUGGCAUUAAUUAAAUAGGCUGGAAUUCAUAUUGAAGCCUUUUAUAAUACACAAAAGCAAAAUCAUAACUUCUGAUACUUCUAACAGGUGCAAAGGGGUAGGCAUCAGCCAAGCAGAUAAAGGAACAGCCCUGUUUUGCAGUAUCCACAUUAAAUAUUCACAAUAAAUGAAAGUUUGACAGUCAGAGGUCAACAGGAUUUUACUAUACACUGUAUAAGCAUGUAGAGAGCUAGGUAAUAAAAUCAUACGAUACGAUACGAUACGAUACGAUACGAUACGAUACGAUACGAUACGAUACGAUACGAUACGAUACACUUUAUUAUCCCCUUAGGUAAAUUUGUCUUGGGCUCCAAGAGCUGCACAGAUAAAGCUGAUGACACAAAGUACUAGACCUAACAAAGACACAGUCAACAACCCACCCAUAUUGCACAAGAAUCCCACAGAAAUGGUCAAAAGACACACACCGACAAUAAACAACAAUGACUAAAAACAAGACACAAAAUUGACACUAACCAAAAGUUCCUCACAGGAGCUUUUUUUAAGAGAGAGAGAGAGAGAGAGAGAGAGAGAAUUGGUUUGAUAUGAAGGGAUUUUGUCUGAGAAGGAUCACUAUAGGGCAGUGGUUCUCUAGUCCAGUCCUCGAGGCCCACUGUCCUGCAUGUUUUGGCUGUUUCCCUGCUCCAACACACCUGAUUCAAAUGAUCAGCUCGUUAUCAAGCUCUGUAAUGGCUUACUAACGAGCUGAUCAUUUGAAUCAGGUGUGUUGGAGCAGGGAAACAUCCAAAACAUGCAGGACAGUGGGCCUCGAAGACUAGACUUGAGAACCACUGCUAUAGGGGAUACACUGAAGUAUACCUCUACUUGAAUUCUAGCGUACUAAAACAGGCCUGCUUUAUUCUGGCCAUACACUUCCCCCUGUUUGUGACCUAUAAGCUCUAAUAAAUAGCACAAACUGAAAGCCUCAGCCAUCCAUGUGCACCACAGGAGGAAUUUUCAUAGCAAAACUUGACAGAACAGCAGCUGCAUGAUAGGUUAUAUAGGUGAAAUGUUUGUAUUCAUAAAUGCAGCUCAUUGGAGUAAUUUUGUGCGGCAGAGACGUUAUAAGAAUUGUGACAAAGAAUCAUGAACACUUAGAGCACGGCUUAUGACAGGAAAGGCUUUUACCUUUGUGCUUAUGAGGUUUCAGCCGCUCACAAUUACAAAAUAAUCAUUGAAAAACAAACUAGUUUUCAUGAUCAGUAUAUCCAAUAUCAGGCUUAUUGUACUGUUUACUGAGCUGCAGAAGCCUCGGCAUUGUGACUGAACCAAAUGUACAUGUACCAGUGACUGUACAGCACAGCUCAACCUUUGAGAGUGGUUAUGUAAUCAAGGCCGUUUCAAUUUAGACAUCAAAAUCUAAAGACAUGAGUUACCAGGUAUAGAGGGCCUUUUUAAAAGAAAAAAAAAAAGGCUUUUGAUUGCAUUUUGAGACUGAGCACCAACCCCUGGCCUAACCUUGGUUCUUCAAAUGUCCACUUGAAACUGGCUGCAAAAGCCUGAGGAAUCUCUAUCAGGGUGAAAUGCCAGUUUUUAUACCAAAAUUGGACAAGUGUACAGUCUGGUUCUAAAAUGAUUUGAGGGUUGUUAAUUUGUUUGUAGACAUUGUUUGAAGGAAGGUUACAUAAAAAACAGGUAUAGCGAUUAACAUAAAUUUGCAUAAUAGGGGACUCAGCUGAGUUGAAGGACAGGAGGGACCUCUUUUCCUGUGUUCAGGUUGUGCAAAAGUUGGUUUGCAUUUCCAGGCUGCCAUCAUCAGGUUUUGAAACAUUUCUCCAGGAAUUAUUUAGGGAUGUCAGCACUGCAGGGAUGUACAAGAGUAAGAAUACAUGUGUACAAACAUUACAGCUAGAUGUGGUCAAACAUGCCAUGUAUGCUGAAACGUGCCAAACAUGGCCAAAAAGGUCAGAAUACCCUUUAAAUCACCCUCUGAAAAAUGUCAGACCCUGCAUUUGAAACAUGCCCUGUUCCAUGCAAUUUGCUCAGCAUUUCUUUGCUGUAGUACUGCAGACUCUCACAGGGACUGGCAUUAAUACCAGAUAAUGGUGUUGACUCAUGGAGGGGUGAGAAAGAUAAAAGCAGGUGAUGGCAGAGGCGCUGCACUCUACCAUAAAACCCUCCACAGCCCGGAGGCCUGCUGUGUCAGGUGCGAUAGGUAAUGUGGCUGCUGGGGGUGGCGGAGGAACAGAAAGAAGAGGGCUGCUUAGCUCUGAUGUCCCUCUGUGCCUCCUCUAGGGUGCAGUUUCGGGCAGAUAUGUUGCAGAAGCAAAGGGAGGAGAGGGAAGCGCGGGAGAUGAAGCGGCAACGAGAGGAAGAAGAGAGACAGCGUCGUCUGGAAGUCCUCAGAAACCAGGUGCAUCAUCAUCUGUCCUUUUUCAUCCACCUCGAUUUCCAGUUGAUGACCCAGAGGGGCAGACUUGGACUCAUCCUGAUCUAAAUCAAGGCUUCACUGCCACCUUGUGGUGGACAGUGAAACGACGGUUUUGUGUUAUCACUAUAUAAAGUGUUUUUCACCUAUUUAUCUCAGGUUGGGGUGGUGGCAGAGGCAGACCCAGAGAGGAUGAUGGCAGAUACUGAGGCUUGGAGGAGUCACCACUUGAAUACAAAAGAGUCUGAGCUCCAAAGGCCUCUCUAUAGUAUCAACACGUACACAGACUCACAGGUGAGGCCUGAUAACAUCCCCCCUCCUUUAACCUUUAGCUUUGUAUGAUUACAGCAGAGUGGUCAUUUACCCUGAACUCCUUAUCUAUGCUCUACAUACAAUGAGCCUAUGCGCCCUCUUUCCCCAUAUUUGUUGAAGACACACACACACACCUGUUAGUUUGUCUUGGGUGAGACUGACCAGUGUCCCAUGGAAAAUUAUGCAAUCUGGUUGGCUCAAACAAUGUCUUUCAUCAUCCAGAGAACAUUAUACACAGCUUUGAUUUCAAGGCCAACCAGUUAAAGAGUGCACUUUGGAGUGUGUUGGUGUGAGUUUGUUUUUGUUAGAACUGCAGAACCAGGUUAGGAUUUAGUUAUUGUGUAACACAGGAAGUGACUAAUGUAUGUAAAGGAUGAGUGUUUAACCUUGUUCCAAGUGUUGUGUGGACUAAACAAUUAAACCUAAAAUGAGACACUGUGGGUGGGAUUUUGUGUGGAAAAGCUGGAGAUUUAUUGCUCACAGUGUUUUUUUUUUUUUUUUUUUUUUUAACAUCUGUUUUCCAGAUUGUGUCUGACCCGAGAGUGCGUGUUGAGCAGGCUCUGCGGGAGGCCGGUCUGCAUCACAGCCAGUAUGCCAAAGAGGUUAUGUCUGUUAUCAAGCCCCCCAAACCACCCAGACCGGACACAAAAUCCAUAAUUAAAUUCUGACUCAGGGCUUGUAAGAGGUUUCUGUAUUAAAUCCCUCCAGCUAUUGUUGUGUUUGAGUUCAAUUAAAUAACAUUAAUGCCUCACGUUUGCAGAUGCUCAUGUCACACUGUGUCGGUACAAAUGCUGCCCUCGAACAAAGUAAACAGAACCUAAUGUAUUGACCACA